GAGGGCGGCAGCGGCUCCGGCGUGGCCGGGGUUUCCAGGGCUACUGCGAGGCUGCGGCCGCGCUGCCGGCCGGGGCAGAGCUGCGUUUGGGUUGAUUUUGUACGGUUUCUGGUGCGCGAGGUGGUCGAGAUGUUCUCAGCUCGGUUGGGUGCGUUGGACGGGGGACGGCCGAAGGAGUAGGUGUUUGUUUUACCGCAGGCCUUGCAGGGGAAGGGGCAGGACAACGCGAUCCUUUCUAAAGAGUUCGGAGGGGUGUUUUCAGCUGAGACCGCAUGCGACGACGGUAGGCAGGCACGAAGGGUCCGACAUCGUCCUGCAGAUGUCCUGUCCCCCUGUGAAAUGUCGCACGGCAUGGACCGGGCAGCUCCAGGUGGUUGCAGAGCCCAAACCCUCGACUCCUGCGUCUCCUGCCCACCUCCCCUUGCUGCAGCGGCAGCAUGCCCCUGGCUCUCCGGGCAACCGGGCUCCCGGAGCGGCCGGCCACGUGCCCCAUCCGCCGCCGCAGAAGCGACCCGUGAGCGCCUGGGCUAGGAGCGUGGCCACCGCCUCGCCGGAUGCUGUCCGUAGGACCUCCGCGGCGACGCCAGUCUCGACCGACGUCUCGGGCGACGGUGCGAGCGGUGCGGGGGGAGCCCCUUCCCCGGGGACCCAUGACGCGGAUUUCCUCCCGCAGGAGAAGGGUGAAAAGCUGCUGCGACCCGAGGAGGAAACGGGUCGCCUCUCUGGUUUGGAAACAGAAUCAAAGCGGAAACAGGCAGUGAUAAGAGAUCUGCAGGAUGAGAUCGCAGCGAUGGCAAAGACCCUGGCUCAGGCGGCGGCGAGGAACGAGGUAGAGCUGACCCAGAAGCUGCUCACCUUCCACCGAGAGCUGGGAGCCAAGGGCGAGGAGAUCAAAGCCUUGAGGGAACAGAUCAGCCACUUGCAGAAAGGCUCGAGCCAGGUUUUCAGCCAUUCCCUCUACGAGAGAGACCUGGAGAUUGGAAGGCUGCGGAAAGAAAGUGAGAUGUUGAGGAGGGACCGCGUCGCGGCCGCAGGUCUAGUGACCAGCCUGCAAAGGGACAUUGCCGGCAAGGAGCAGAAAAUGCAGCAGCUCAAGCAAGACGUUGAAAAAAUGAAGAAGGAAAACAGAGAAAAGGACAACCAGCUAGCAGUCGUGUCUGCCAAGUGCUCUAGAAUUAAAGAGGAAAUGAAGCGUGAACUUGAAGAGCGAGAAGUAAUGGCGUGCCGCAAUCGCAUCGGGGACCUGGAACGUGACCUGGAGGGGCUGCGGAGGCAAGUGCGGAAGUAUUGCGCCGAGCAGGAGAGCAUCCGAAACCAGCUGGCCGAGAAAGCCAAGGCUGAGGAGGAGCUGGAAGAAGCCCGGGCCAGGCAAGCUCUGCAGCUGCAGGAGAUGGGGCGCAGGGAGCGGCUGCUGAGAGCCGACCUGGGGCGGGCCAAGGAGCAGCUGGAGUCCUUGAAAACCCGAGUGAUGCGAGUGUGUUCACCAGCAGGAGCUGCAGGGAAAGGCGUAACGGAGCAGCAGGUGAUAGAGAAGGUCCAGCAGAUCUCGGAAGAAAGGCAACAAAGUCAUGAGAGAGAGAAGUGCCUGCAGGAGGAAUUAAGCUCCAGGCUCUCGAAGGAAAAGGAGGUGUCUGCAAACAUCGAGGUGUUGCAGAAAUCCCUGUGCGAGCUCCAGGCUUGCCUGAGGAGCUCGUGCAGCAGUGACAGCCUGCGAGGGGAGCUGGGGCAGCUGGCGGCGCUGUGCCUGGACCCCUCCGUUGCGGCCAUCGGGGCGGCGGUGCUGGAGGUGGCACGUGUCCCCCUGUCCUGGCUGGAGGGUGCGGAGCGGCUCCUGGCCAGCGCGGGGAUGGACCCGCACGCCUCUGGCAAAGGGCUGUUGGCCGCUCUCGGGAUGUUGCUGGAAAACAGUCAGGCAACGGCAGAGAGGAAUCAGGAGUUACAGGCCCAAUUAGAGAGGGUCCGGGAGACGCAGGCAGCUUUGCUGCAGGAGCACGUGAAGGAGCUGGAAGCGAAACACGAGCAAGAGCUACAGAGAAAAAUCAAGCAAAUAAUAUUGGAAAAGGACAAGGAGAACAAAGAGAUUCUGGAGAGCACUGUUGCCCAGGAGAAGGAUAAGUGCAAGCAAUCCGUAGAGGAAGAACGGAGAAAGAUCCGAGACCUGGAGGGCCGCCUGAGGAGCAUGACUGAGGUGCUAGCAAGGAAGUCAGAGGAGCAGGAGGUUGCAGACUGCAAGCUGAGAGCAGCUGUGCACGAGCUGGAGGAAACCACAACGCGAGAGACGGCGUUACGGCAGAGGGUACUCGCGCAAGACGAGCAGCUCAAGACCAGUCGGGAGGAGAGCGAGUUAGAGAGGCAGAAGCUGUGGGAAGAAAUGGUGGAAUAUAAGGAGCAAAGCAAGCAGCAUUCCCUGACAAUCGUGGCCCUGGAGGACAGGUUGCUGGAGGCCGAGCAGCAGCAGAGGACACUGGAGGAGGAAAACGCAGCGCUCGUGGCAAAAAUGGAAGGGUGUCGGGGCGACGGCCGCGAGUCGACAUCGGGAGCUUGGCCGGAGGUUUCUCCAGCUGCAGGGUCACACUGUUGUCUGAGGGAGGAGCUGGCAGCGGUGCAGAGCAUGCUCCUGUCCAAGGAGGCCGUCAUCGUGGGGCUAACCAAAGAGCUGGCGGAAACCAGAGCCAGGAUGUCGGACGUGAGAGGGGAGCUGCACGAGGAGCAGAAGGUGGAACUGGAGCAGAACGUGAGCCGGGUGAAAUGCCAAGAGCGGGAGCUGAACCUGCUCAGGGAGAAGCUCUCCCAGAUGUCCAGCCUCGUGGAGAAGAAGGAUCGAGCCCUGAAAGCAGCAUCUGAAGAGUUAAGGCAAGCCCGAGCCCGCUGCCAAGCGGAGAAGGAAGCCUCCCGAGACGCGGCAGAAAAGCCAGAGGAUGCUCCCGGGACGUCAGCACAGGCAGGAGAUGAAGUGCCCGAGAGGGAGCCGGCGUCGGACUUGGCUGACCUUGGCGCGCAAUGCCGAGGUCUCAGGCACGAGGAAACGAUCCAGCGCCAAAAAGAAGGCUUGGCCGAGCUCCGGGAGAGAAUAAAGUUGCUGGAGAAGAGGGGGCCCUCAGCUGUCACGAAGAAGGGUUCGGAGCCGCUGGUGGUCCUGACGAAAGACUUACCGGAGAAACUAGUCCAGAAAAUGGCUCUUGAGAAGGAACCUACGCCCAUGGCGGGAACAAAACUGAAGGCCGGCGAGGUUCUCGGCCACGUUCCUAACAAUGGGGGCUCACACAGGGCCAUGAGCUUGGAGAUGGCUGACGUGACAGACCUCAGCGAGAAGAUGUACCUGGACAUAAUUGGUGCUCUGGGAAGCCUGAUGAAGGUGCAGGAGCUGUCGGGAAUGCAGUCUCUGAAGGACCUUCCUCAGGAGGAGAGGGAAGAAGCGGGACUGCAGAGACAGAGGGCCCUGGAGCUGCUCUACGAGAAGGUCAGGAGCCUCAAGAGUCGCCUGGAGAGAAAAGAAGAAAUGCUGAAAGAUUACGAGGCCAGCGUGGAGCAGCUCAGGCUGAGCCAAGCGUCCCUGCGAAGGUGCCAGGAGGAGAUGUCCCAGCUGGAGGAUGAAGCCUACAGGGCAGCAGAAGAGAAGGCUCUGCUGAAGGAGGCUCUGGAGAGGACGCAGCUCCAGCUGAACCAGGAGAAGAGGCUGCUGCGAGCGGCCAAAGUGCGCAAGCCUGGAGCCAAGAAGCCUUUCUGCUCGGGAAAGCUGAAGGCGAAAGAGCGCACGGCAGAAGCCUUCAAGACGGGAAGCGCGUAGGGGUGCCACCAUGGGAGCCUUUGCUUGGCGAAGGUCCGCGGUAGGAGCGGGUCAUCGCGUUUCGUACUCUGUAGCGUUGGACGUGGCACAAGGCGUGGGCACGUUUUGGGGAGCCCCUGUCACUCUCCCGCGGCUCCUGGGCGUGCUGGUGUGCCUGUAGGGCUGUUACGACCCUAUUUUCCCGCAGCACGUGUCCCACACUGCAUGGUGGGGUUUACGGUAAUAGAAAAGGUUGUGUGGACACAGCCCACUGUGUACGCGUGUGUGCAUAAAUACAUAUAUAUGUGUGUAUUUGCG